AUGGCGCGCCGCGGGAGAGGCGGUGGAAAACGCGGGCCCGACCUGUCCUGGGACGACGAGGAAGAUGAUCCGUCGACAUACAAUGCUCCCAACAGACCCGCGCCGCAGUUUCCUGAUAUCGAACUACCCGUCCCGCGACCCAUAUCCGCGUUCGAACUAUCCUGCGUGAAGAGCUACCUCCGGUUCCGCGACCGAGCACGCAACGGGCCAUACUACUCCGUCCUGGACCCCAGCAGCCUCGCCGACCCUAAGACCGGGAAAGUGAUCAAGCGCGCGGGCUUCGACCCGUUCAACGACCAAGAGAAAUACACGGCGAAAUACUACAAGAAGAAACGGACGGUGCCGGAUCUGAGUGGGAGAGAUUACGAACUGAGAUACUUCCCACCCGAACUAUGGCCACUCCUCGACCCGCGCCGGAGACAUCCGCUCUGGAAAUCGACAGACAUCGACUUCGACGUCGAGACCAACGCGCCGCGUAAGAAGCGGAAGCGCGACCUGGCAGCUGAAGAAGCGAUAAAUGAAGACGACGAGAAUAACGACGACGACGCGAACAACGACACGGACGGCUCGGACCCGCUGCUGUCCGGCGCGCGGCGGUCGCGCAAUUCCACUCGGGCCGCAAAACGGCGGCGCGACGACCUGACGACGCACAAGGCGGGCGAGAAACGCGGCCUCGAUGCCGAAGACGAGUUCUCUGAGGAAGAGAUCCAGCCGAAACCGCGGCGGAAUCGGAAGGACAAGAAUAAAGGGUCCGACGAUGAGGACGAUGACGAGGACGACGAUAAUGCCGGGGACGACAAUGACGAUGCGGAUGAUGACGACGACGAUGAUGAUGAUGACGGGUCCGCCGACGACGAGCCUGUCGAUUCGGAGUUUGAGGAAUCGGACGAUGGAGGCGGCGACGAUUACAAUGCCGAGAAUUACUUCGAUGGCGGGGACGGCGAUGAUGACGAUGGCUUUGCCUAUGGUGGUGGGCGUGGCGGUGAUGAUGAUGGUGCAUACUUCUGA